ACAGCGCAUAGACUAAACCGAAUCUUUUUAUUCUAAAAUUUAUUGUAAAACGACUAAAUCUAGUUUAGAUCUAAAUUAUAAUAUAAAUAAAUAACAUUGUACUACGUUUUAACUUUUAUCUACUAAUCCAAUACCUAAAGCCAUUUGGGCCAUUGCCAGACGUAAUCACUAAAUCAGGAAUAUAGAUUAUAAUGAUCAGAUCUAGAAUCUAGAUCUAGCUAGGUCUAGAUAUAGAGUCUAGAUUCUCCAGAAAGAUUUCUGCAUUUAACAUUUUUAUCUACUUAAUAUUUUAGUAUUAGGAUUUUAAAGACAAAGAAACCUGUUUGUACUAAACAAUAUGGAUCAAUCAAAUUCAGCUAUGAUUACAGACACUGCUGACGACAGCAGACGAUAUAAAAAACCAAAGAAAGAAGACAAGAAAGGCCCAGACAAAAAAGCAGACAAAAAAGUCAGAGAAAAAUCAAUUGAAAGAGCGAAAAAAGCCAAGUCCAAAGGUGAAAGUCAAAAGGAGGCCAAAAGUAAGGGCGACAAAAAAGAUGCUAAACCCAAAGGAGACAAAAAAGAGGCCAAAAUUAAGGGCGACAAAAAGGAUGCUAAACCCAAAGGAGACAAAAAAGAGGCCAAAAGUAUGGAAGACAAAAAAGCCAAAAGUAAGGGAGACAAAAAAGAUGUUAAAGGAAAAGGAGACAAGGAAGAUACCAGACGUAAGAAGGACAAAGAAGACACUGCAGAUAAGGGAGACAAAAAACAUAAAAAACGGAAGGGUUCAAAAAAGACUGCCAAAAAGAAAAAGGGUGAAAAAGGUUUCAAAGCAAAUGAAGAUCAGAUAACGCAGAGUGAAACAGAACAAUCUGAUGGGGACAAUCUACCUGUACAAAGUGAAGGCCCGGACCAACAGAAUUUAGGAACAGAGACUCAACCAGAAUUAAUGAAAAAGUCAAUUAUCGAAGCUGGUCUUUCUGCCACAGAAUUCAUCGAAGAGACAGCAAAGGAUAUUAUGGCUCUGUAUUUGAAAACGUCAAAAGAUAGUAUGAUGUCCUUAAAUGAAAGAGGAUCUUCGAUAGCUGGUGUUCAAUCACUUCCAACUAGAUCACGACUUGACGUUGAAAGUUCUUUCAUGGCUGAUGGCCAAUCAUUUCCAACUGGAUCACGACUUGAUGUUGAAAGUUCUUUCAUAGCUGAUGGCCAAUCAUUUCCCACUGGCUCACGACUUGAUGUUGAACGAUCUUUCAUGGCUGAUGGCCAAUCAUUUCCCACUGGCUCACGACUUGAUGUUGAACGAUCUUUCAUAGCUGAUGGCCAAUCACUUCCCACUGGCUCACGACUUGACGUUGCACGAUCUUUCAUAGCUGAUGGCCAAUCACUUCCCACUGGCUCACGACUUGACGUUGCACGAUCUUUCAUAGCUGAUGGCCAAUCACUUCCCACUAGUUCACGACUUGAUGUUGAACGAUCUUUCAUAGCUGAUGGCCAAUCACUUCCCACUGGCUCACGACUUGAUGUUGCACGAUCUUCCAUAGCUGAUGGCCAAUCACUUCCCACUAGCUCACGACUUAAUGUUGAACGAUCAUCAGUUUACUAUGGUUCUUAUGAUGAUUUUGGAGAUCCGCGUCCAGAUGUUCGCGCCAAGUCUAUUCGGGGCUAUAGCCAGGAUUUUUAUCAAGAUGCCCCCCGAUCCUCACAAAGUGGCGAUCGUCCAGAAGAUAAGUUUGACUCAAAGUCUUAUUACGAUUCCCGCCGAUCUUCAAAGAGUGGCGAUCGUCCAGAUAAGCUUGACUUAGAUGGAUAUGAUACGCGUAAGGAUUCUGCAGUCUCUAGAGGCUCAAAUCUAUCUGCUAAAAACGUCAAGGAUUCGGAACCUAACUCCCAGUAUGAGUGGCUGAAGGAAAGAACACCUUAUAUGAGCGGCCAAAAACAACCUUCUGGUAGCUCUGUUACGUCAAUGAAAGAAAUCAAGGACAUUUCUUCCCAGAAACGUCCGCCCAGGACAUAUUCUAUAAUGUCUCAAGGGGCGUCAUUACAAAGUAUUAAUGAAAGAUGGGAAAAUGAGAGCAGAAAGAAAACGAAGCAAAAAUCCGAACGGCAAUCAGUUUCGUUUGAAGUGUUGGAUAGAAGGCAAUCAGUGGACCUUUUCAAUGAGACUAGAGACCAAUUGAACGAGACAGUGGAGAGAAGAAAGUCUUCUGGCAACGCAAUGGAGAUGAAAGAACGAGUUGAUGUGGACACAAACAGCGAGCCAUCUGAGAAGAUGACCUAUGAGCAGCCUGGAGAAGAGCAAACGUCUCAACCCAGUGAUCCCGAGAGCUCAGCAAGCACAUUGGACAGCUCGAGUCACACUGAAGAUGCUGCUUCUUCCUCGGCCGCCGAGUCAAGUGAUGAAAAUAGGUCAGAUGGCAGAGCCAACUUGUCAGCAAUCAGCGAGGCUUCAGCGACGACCGAGUCAGGCUCUAGCCAAAAGGAAUACACGGCCACCUCUUCGGAGGUCGGUACUCAGACCCCAGCAACUACAUCAUCGAUGAGUUUAUCGACGGACGAGCAGACGUCGGUGACAAGCGGUUCAGCAACUACUGGCACAUCCUCGAGCGUCGGAGCAGAGUCGGAUAGUGAGCUGGAACUGGAACUGAGACGCGAGUCGGGAACAUGGACACGUCUUAAAAAUAACGAGGACGUAACGAGCUAUAAAGGCAUGAAACGUCACAUGAUGGAGAAUCAGAUGGAGAAUCAGAUUGUCAACAAGGAACCUGAACGGCGAAGCAGUGAAGCGAGUAAGCCCUCAUCCAUGUCCAAAAUGCUGAUUGACUCCACAUCUCCGAUCAAGCCAUCAUCCAAGUCUAUGAUGCUAAUGGAUUCCACGUCUCCGAUCGCUACCCCAAGAAUUGAAUCAGGAAAUGUAGCUGUGGCUGGGUCACGACGAGGAACCAAAACAGCUAUCGAUAAUAAAACUUCCGUUACGUCCCCCAAAACAUAUAACGUCAUCGUGACUACGCCUCAACCCAAGUAUAAAAUCACACAUUGUCACAUUGUGAAACCUCAGGAAAACGACGUGUGUCCGAAGCCAAGGAGACACGAACCUAUAAAAGACACUGCUAAGAAAGUUGCAACUGCAGGGGCUAGCCACGAUGAUUCCUCAACAGAAUUAUCUUCAUCCGAGCCUUCGAGCCCAGCCCCACCAAAAAAAAGAAGUAGUUUCUUUGCCCCAAAAAAGUCCAGACAACAUCACCAAAAAGGAAAAAAAGCCCCAGAAAAGCCAAGUGAUGAGAAGGCAGCAAUUACUCCUGGCUCAUAUGCACAAAGCCCUUCACCACAAAGUACGGGGAAUGAUGAGGCUAUAGCUGCUAUCGUGUCCGUCACACAAGAGACCAGUAGAAACAUCACCAAAGCAACCAACGAAAUGAGGGACGCUAUCAGCAAACUGGCACAAAUGCUAAACAACAUCAGCAUAGGAAUCAGAAAUCUGGCCACUAGUAGCAGCGAUCCCAAGUCACGAAAAGAAGAUAAGUCUGAGCAGAAGACCGGAUACAACUAUAAACAGCCCAGCGCAACAGGGUUCAUCUAUUCAGAAAUUCAAUAUGUUGAGAUCAAGGUGGUAUUUAUCCGAAUCUUGGAGAUCGAUACUCUUAAUCAAAACUUUGAAGCAGAAGUAUACAUCCAAGCCAGAUGGGCCGAAAGUCAGUUCGCUGGACUGUCCGAACAGCAACUGAGUGCGAUUGAGUUUACCGACUGCUGGAAUCCUUGCCUUAAGAUUUUAAAUGCUAAUGGAACUUUGGAAUCUGAACGAACGUCAAUGUUGCUUCAAUAUGAGCCAGACAGGGUCUAUCCAGUGCUCACCUACAUGUGGCACGUACGGGGAAUGUUUAGGGAGCAUUUAGAGCUGCAACAUUUUCCUUUUGAUGUCCAGGAACUGAGCAUUGUCUUAUCCAGUGACCUACAUAUGGCUGAGCUAGAACUUAUCUCCGACUUCUUUCAUCCUAGUCACGUGGACGAGAGAGCACUUCAGGAGAGCCAGGACUUUAUAGCAUACCGCCAUGUUGAAUUCACAAGAGAUUUUUCUACUCUAGAUCUAAUGGGAAAAACCAAACAUCCCAUUUUGACUGCCUCCGCCCAUGUCAGGAGAAGGCUAGGAUUUUACUUUUGGAACGUUGUGGUCAUUGUGCUUCUUAUUAUAGGCCUGAGUAUGUGUGUUCUGGCUAUUGAACCAUCCAGCACUGACAGACUGGCACUCCUGCUGACAUUAUUUUUGACUGCUGUUGCAUUUAAACUGGUAGUUAAAACAACACUGCCAACAAUAUCUUACCUGACUUACCUGGACAUCUAUGUUGUAUUUACUUUGAUCUACUUGUUCUUGGCGGCAGCGGUCAGUGCUAUGAUGAUUCAUCUGUCAACAUUCAGAGACAAAAGCAAAAUCCUGCUGUAUGAUGAAAUCGCCCAAUCAUUGCUAAUAUCCCUUCUCAUUUUAUUUCACCUCAUUUUCUUGAUAUACAUUCAGCUUACGGCAUUAAAACGAAGACGUGAAAUGAAACGUAAAGACCACGAACAUUUGUUGUCUCACUUCAAGAAACAAGGUCCCAUGUUUCCUACUGAGAAGCAAACCCAGACAAGUGUAUCUAUAGACAGGAAGCCUGGAGACCCACCAUUUGGAGCACAAUAAAAGCAGCGAGCCAAUGCAUUGCCCUGACCUAUAUGACAAGUCUCAUAUACUAAAUACGUUCUCAAUAAGUAGACGUAGGCAAGUGCAGCAGACAUUUUGCAGAACUGGACCACAAAAGUAAUAAAUAUUGGGAGUUCACAAUUACCGGUAUUUAUUUGUAGAUUGAUUUUUACUGAUGGACUUCUUCUAAUAACAUUGUUUACAUGGUGCCAUGGAAACUUGGAAUGUAAUGAGCCAAAGAACAAGUCUGAAGUACAAUCAAUACCAAUAUUACUCAGAUGACCUAAACUUGAAAGUGAAAAGAAAGGUUUCUUAUAAUGUUUGAUACAUGGGC